UUGGAUAGCCUUUGAAGUCUAGUUUCACAUUUUAGUGGUCUCUGUGCGAUAGGGGAGAGUUUAUCAUACAAAAAUCGAGCUGGAGUGAACUGUUGUCUGUAAACUCGAGCAGUGAGAGUGUUGAGGCUGUUUGGUUGAUAUCUCAAGUUAUACCAAUCCAAAUAAGGCGUGCGAGAUACCAAAAUAAAUCUCUCAAGACUAGGAAUCCGUGAAGGUCUGGUUUGCAUCAAUCGAAGUAGUGGAAGGCUUCCAAAUUGUCCGAGCAAAACACAACCUCGCAGGAACGGAUUUACUCUCCUAAAGAAACGAGUUAGCCGGAAAACACUCAUUCUAGGGGCUGUUUUCGUAUCAACGGUUAGGGGUUGAACUAGCACUUUGAGGAGGCUGUUUAACACUCAUUUCUAAGCAAGGAAUCAGUUCAUAAUCCACCUUGACCGAAGCUUUGUCCAUUGGAUCAAGAAGGAAAGGUUUAAAGCUCAUUUGAGGUUGAGGCUAGAGCUUGCUCCCUGUGCUCGUUGAUCGAGUGAUUUCCCGGAGAGAAGACUUGGUUCGUGCUUCCUCCAUUCUGAUUUGAACAUUAAUAAAUUUGCUCAUGGACAUUUUACUUUAGAGCCUGCGUGCUCAUGUUUGCCCCGUGUGGCAUUUGAUUUCAAACUAUGUUUUCCGCUGCGUAUUAAAUUACUUAUUAUGUAUGUUUAUGGAUGUUAUAUGUGUGAAUGAUAUUCAAGACGCCUUGUAUAAUAUGAAUGUGUUGGACUGCGGUUGACUAUUCAUAUUGUACGGCGGGUUGUUGACGUGUCUGGGGAGGUCCGGGGCGUGACACAAGCUCUCCCUACUUAUGCAAUGAAUGUUUUUUUACUGACAAAAGAUUUAUGUGAUGAGAUGGAAAAGCUUAUGAAUGGAUUUUGGUGGAAAGGCAAUAAAUUUGAUCAGAAGGGGAUACGAUGGCGCAGAUGGGAGCUCCUUUGUAGGCCGAAGAAAGAAGGGGGUUUGGGUUUUCGCAGACUCAGAGAAUUUAAUUUGGCAAUGCUAGCUAAGCAAGGGUGGAGACUGGUAACAGAUUUGGGAAGCUAAAUGAGUAGGGUGUUAAAGGCAAGGUAUUUUCCAAACACUGAUUUCUUGAAUGCUAGGCUUGGGAAUAACCUGUCUUUUAUUUGGCGAAGUUUGUUUGAGACCCAGGAGAUUUUGAAAAAUAAUAUUCGUCGGAGGGUCGGGAAUGGCAGAGAUAUACAUGUUUGGGCAGAUGCUUGGUUGCCGGGGCAGGGGUCGGUCCGAAUCCAAUCAGCCAGACCUCCGGGUGUUCAAGAUAUGAAUGUACCGGCCUUGAGAAAUUAUACAGGCAAGGAAUGGAAUAGGGAGAGAAUUACAUCUAUUUUUGAUGCGGUUGAUAGAGAUUUAAUUUUAAGUAUACCUAUCAGUUCGGCAGACAGGAGGGGUGGUUUUUGGUGGACGGGGGAAAAUAAUGGCAAUUUUUCUGUAAAGAGUUGUUACAGGAAGCUCACUUAUUUGUCACCAUCUGGAGAAGCAGAUAGCUGGACUAAAUUAUGGGAGCUUGAGGUACCACCUAAAUUUAAAUAUUUUGUUUGGCAGGUACUAGAUGGAUCAUUACCUACUGUGGAUAAUUUGAGGAAGAAGGGAGUCCAGAUUACUGAGGAAUGUAAGUUGUGCGGUAGGGAGGCCGAGAACUUGGAGCAUGUUUUCUGGGAGUGUGAAUAUGCCCAUGAAGUGUGGCAGCAGGCGGGUGUGACUAGAGCUGCUGAUGUUUUACAGGUGCAGGAUUGGAUUAAGCAACAGCUAAGGAUUGCCACAAAUGACCAUAAAAGCAAAUUUGUUGCACUUUUAUGGGGCUUGUGGAAAAGACGGAAUUCUCUAAUCUGGAAGGCGGAAUGGCAGGGGGCGGCAGGAGUCAUAACCAGUGCUAUGAGCAUGAUUACCAAUUGGAGGGAGGCCCAACAGUCAAGCAGUCAGCCGAAGAAGAGGGCUGGUGGUGGCAGAGAGCAGGUAUGGCGUAGACCGGGUAGGGGUGUUGUCAAAGUGAAUGUAGAUGCUGCGUUUGACCCGAGUGGAGAUAAGAGAGCAUGGGGCUGGGUGGCAAGGGAUGAGCAGGGGAAUUUUCUUAAGGCAGGAGGUGCCUCAGUUAGGGCAAGUUGGUCCCCAGCAGAAACAGAAGCGGCAGGGCUCAGGGAAGCUUUAGAGGAGGCGGUUGCAGCAGGCUGGCAGAGCGUGGAGUUCGAGACAGACGCACUUUCUGUAGUCCAAGGCCUUCGACAAGGAGGAGGUUUUUCUUACAUUGAUUUAAUUUUGGAAGAUAUUAAAGAAAUCCUUUUAACAAAGAGUAAUUAUAGAGUCUCUUUUUUUAAAUGAUCUGUGAAUCGUGUAACUCAUUCUCUGGCUAGAGCGCAUGUUUUACUCUCAGAUCACAGGAGUGUUUAUGAUGUUGCUCCAGACUGUAUUGUAAGCCAUUUGGCUAAUGAUUUCAUUAAUUAAUAGUUAAUACAAGUGGUUAGUUGAUGAUCAAAAAAAAUUAAAAUCGGAUGCCUUUUGAGAGCAAUAAAAAUGUGAACAAGGGCAUUGUGGCAAUUAACAUUUCAAUCAAAGGAUUUUGAUUCUAAGGUUGCUCAGACGGUCAGACCAACUCCGGCGGUUCACAUUCCGGUCUGAGUACACUCUGAUUUACCGGAGAAAUUCAAAAUUCGGCAGCAAACUAAAGAUGAUUCAGAUGCCUAGAUUCUGUGAUGAAUAUGAAACUUCC